UGUGUCACUAGUACUACAUUAUACUUCUUGGAAAAACAUGGUAGGUGAUAUAUAAUUAUAUAUAUAUAUAUAAUAUCGCCUGUGAGUGUAGCCCCCAGAGUCUAUAUUCAAUUGAAGCCGUACAAACACACACACAAACGACGGAACAAGUGUGUUUGUUCCGUCGAAUGUAAAUGGAUCGCCAACUCAGGACGUCUGACUCGGCGGUGACUCUGGCGGUGCUUGAUGAUGCCACUCCCAAUCAUCACUUUCAACGGCGUCACCUCACUAUUCCAUCCACUCAGAUGAAGGAAACGAGUAGAUGGGAAAAUCUGAAACUUGCUUACAAGACAUUGGGAGUUGUUUUUGGAGGGCUUGUGACUUCCCCACUUUAUGUUUACCCUUCAAUGCCUUUGGAGAUAUUGAAAUCUCCAACUGAAGAUGACUACUUGGGAAUCUAUAGCAUCAUGUUCUGGACUCUCACUCUUAUUGGUGUUGUUAAGUAUGCUUCCAUAGCUCUCAAAGCCGAUGACCAGGGUGAAGGUGGAACAUUUGCCUUAUAUUCAUUACUUUGUAGGAAUAUGAAUAUUGGAGUUUUUUCUUCCAAGCGCGUAGAUUCAAGUUCAAGCCUUUCCCAUGCUAACUUGUAUGAAGGUUCUGAAAAGCAGAGUAGGCUCGCCAAUUUUUUUGAAAAAAGUGUGGUUGCUAGAAGAGUGUUGCUUUUUAUUGCAAUGCUAGGCAUGUGCAUGCUAAUUGGUGAUGGUAUACUUACUCCAGCAAUAUCAGUUUUAUCAGCUAUGGAUGGCAUCAGAGCACCUUUUCCUUCUGUCAGUAAAUCUUUGGUUGAAACCCUCUCUGCAAUCACUCUUAUUGUUCUGUUCCUGCUGCAAAAAUUUGGUACCUCACGAGUGAGUUUCCUUUUCUCACCCAUCAUGGGUGCAUGGACCUUCACUACACCGCUUUUAGGGAUUUAUAGCAUUAUCUGUCAUUACCCAAGCAUAUUCAAGGCAUUAUCACCGCACUACAUUAUCCAAUUCUUUUUGAGAAAUGGAAAGGAAGGCUGGCUGUUGCUUGGUGGUACCAUCCUUUGUAUCACCGGUUCUGAAGCAUUGUUUGCUGAUCUUGGUCAUUUCAACAGGAGUUCCAUUCAGAUAGCCUUUUUAUUCACGAUUUAUCCAUCACUGGUUCUGACAUAUGCGGGGCAGACAGCAUACCUGAUCAAGAACCCAAACGAUCAUCAUGAUGGGUUUUACAAGUUUGUACCAACUACAAUAUACUGGCCAAUGUUUGUCAUAGCCACACUGGCAGCAAUUGUUGCGAGUCAGUCACUUAUAUCGGCCACCUUCUCUGUUAUCAAGCAAUCUGUUGUACUAGAUUAUUUUCCUAGGGUCAAGGUAGUGCACACAUCCUCCAGCAAAGAAGGCGAGGUAUACUCCCCAGAAAUCAAUUACAUACUCAUGAUACUUUGUGUUGCUGUCAUACUUAUUUUCGGAGACGGGAACGAUAUCGGAAAUGCCUUUGGUGUUGUUGUUAGUCUGGUCAUGCUCAUAACCACUAUACUGCUGACACUGGUCAUGAUAAUGAUUUGGAGAACUCCACCAAUGCUGGUUGCCCUUUACUUCUUUAUAUUCUUUGUGAUGGAGGGCGUCUAUGUAAGUGCUGUUUGCACCAAAAUUCCAGAAGGUGGCUGGAUUCCAUUUGCCAUUUCUUUUAUCCUUGCAUUCAUUAUGUUUGGAUGGUUUUAUGGGAGGCAGAGAAAGUUAGAGUAUGAGUUAACCCACAAGAUAGACUUGGAAAGACUUGGAAUGUUGCUGGCUAAUCCGGUUGUCCAAAGAGUCCCUGGAAUUUGUUUUUUCUACACCAACAUCCAAGAUGGGCUAACACCAAUUCUUGGACAUUAUAUAAAGAACAUGAAAUCUCUUCACAAGGUAACUAUUUUCACGACUCUGCGCUACUUGUUGGUUCCGAAAGUUGCCCCGCACGAGAGGAUCAUUGUCAACAAACUGGGCCUCAAAGGGGUUUAUGGGUGUGUGAUUCAGUAUGGCUAUGCAGAUUCUCUUAAUCUUGAAGGAGAUGACCUUGUAAGUCAAGUCACUGAUAGCUUGCAAGCUUAUAUACAGAAAAGCUCUGGCUUUGUACCAUCAAUUCCUCCAGAGAUUGAAGGAGAGAUUUCUGAUCUGGAAGAGGCAAAGCUUGCUGGUGUGGUUCACAUUCGGGGGAAGACAAGGUUUCACAUAGGAAAGAGCUGUAGCUGGUUUGACAGAUUCAUGCUUGCAUUCUAUGAGGUUAUGCACGGUAAUUGUAGAUCUGCGCUGCCUACUAUGAGCGUGCCACUACCACAGCGUAUUGAGGUUGGAAUGCUUUAUGAGGCUUGAAAGGAUGAGAUAAAGUGAGCUAUAUCUCUUGUCUGCCAUUGGAAUUUCCGCCAGGUAAAUUAGCAAGGGAGGCAUUUACUAGAGGCUUCAUGCAAGAAAGUUUUGGCAAAAACCAAUUAGCCAUCACACAUUUUUCUGAUAAUUCCUUCCAACAGCCAGAACAAGCAGAUUCCUAGAAAGGGUUAGAAAUAAGAUGUAUAUUUAGGGUAAAAGGCAAUGUAAUGUUUCAGCUUUAGGCAUAGACUGUUAGAACACGUUAAGUUUUUUUUUUUUUUUUUUUAUGCAUAUUUUCCAUUUUGAGUGGAGACUGGAGAGUAAAUGUACCACCAAUGUCUUACGCUAACAAGAGUAGAGUACAAUGGUGUCUUCAAUUUAAGGGAGAAAGUAUCAGCCUUGAUGUCUUGUUAAGUUGGCCGAAAAGUUCUUAAAUCAUUCAUCUAUAGAAAUCGUUGCAUUUGGAAAAACUGGUGAAAUUUCUUACAUGGAUGCCCUUCAUAUUUGCCAAAA